GGUUGCCAGGUUGGUUGGCUCUUGCAUUGGAGGCAGGCAGGCGUCGGGGGGCCCGGGCCGCGGGGACCGGAGGUCUCAUCGUCCCAACUGAGGCCGCCGCCGUCACCGUGGAUGCGCCGCCAUAGUCGUCGUCGUCGUCGUUGUUGUCGUGACGGACGUGCCCGGCAACAUUCCUCCUCCUCGUCAUCGUCGUGGUCAUCCGCUUCGUUCUCCAUCCAGAUUACAUGCAUGUGCCUACAGCAGCAGACGCGGAGAGAUGCGAGCAUCCGUCCAUCGCAGGUAAUUAGCUGCGACGACCCAAUUCCAGACCGGCCAAUCCGCACCAUGUCCUCCGAUGGCCCCACGCCGUCGCCACCGUCGUCGCACGCUGCGAGCCGCCGCCUGUCGACCACGCACAGCUUCGGCAGCCAUGGCAAGCUCCUGCCUUCUCCCGGACACGGCGCGACGGCGUCGCAGAUCGCCGUCGCGGCGGCCGCCGCGGCGCUGCUCCUCGCCGUCCUCGCUGCCUGCUGUUGCUGCUGCUGCUGCAGGAGAAGGAGGAGGAAGGGGGACGCGGCGCAGCGUCAGCAUCGGCCGCCGCCUCACGGCGGCAUGAGGUUCUACGCCGACUCCUCCGGCUUCAAAGGGAACACCUCGGGGUACUACUGGCCGAGCGGCGCGAGGCCGCCGCAGUGGCAGACCGGCGGCCAGGCGGUCACCGCGGCGAUCUCGACCAUGCAGCACGGCGCGGUGCUCCCGCCGCCACCGCUGCCGCCGCCGCCGCCGCCGCCGAUGCCCGCGGACACGGCGACGUUCAGCUACGAGGAGCUGGCGGCGGCGACGGGCGGGUUCUCGGAGGCGAACCUGCUGGGGCAGGGCGGGUUCGGGUACGUGCACCGCGGCGUGCUCCCGGGGCCCGGCGGCCGCGUGAAGGAGGUGGCGGUGAAGCAGCUCAAGGCCGGGAGCGGGCAGGGCGAGCGCGAGUUCCAGGCGGAGGUGGACACCAUCAGCCGCGUGCAGCACCGCCACCUGGUGGCGCUCGUCGGCUACUGCAUCGACGGCGCGCGCCGCCUGCUCGUCUACGAGUUCGUGCCCAACCAGACCCUCGAGCAUCACCUCCACGGGAAAGGGCUGCCGGUGAUGGGCUGGGCGACGCGGCUGCGCAUCGCGCUCGGCGCCGCCAAGGGGCUCGCCUACCUGCACGAGGAAUGCGACCCACGGAUCAUCCACCGCGACAUCAAGUCGGCCAACAUCCUGCUGGACAACGACUUCGAGGCCAUGGUCGCCGACUUCGGGCUGGCCAAGCUCACGAACGUGAACCACACGCACGUGUCCACCCGCGUCAUGGGCACCUUCGGCUACCUGGCGCCGGAGUACGCGUCCAGCGGCAAGCUCACGGAGAAGUCGGACGUCUUCUCGUACGGCGUCAUGCUGUUGGAGCUGCUCACCGGCCGCCGACCCGGCGACCGCUCCUCCUACGGCCAGGACGGCCUCGUCGACUGGGCGAGGCAGGCCCUGCCGCGCGCCCUGGCCGACGGCAACUACGACGCGCUGGUAGACCCCAGGCUGCGGGGCGACUACGACCCGACGGAGGCGGCGCGCGUCGUGGCCAGCGCCGCGGCCUCCGUCCGCCACGCGGCGCGCCGCCGCCCCAAGAUGAGCCAGAUCGUCCUGGCGCUGCAGGGGGGCAUGCCGCUGGAGGACCUCAGCGACGGGGCGCCACCGGGCCGCGGCGCAUCGUUCGGCCCCGGCUCCGGCUCGCUCUCCGGCUCCGACGACGGCGGGUCCGGGUCGUCGUACACGGCGCAGAUGGAGCGGAUCAGGCGGGCCGCGCAGCCCAGCCCGGAUUACAGCACCGACUACCCCGUAUCCAUCCCGGAGUUCGGCCACCCGUCGCCCGCGAGCAGCGCCAGCUCAGUCGAGCGGGAUGACCGGCGGCAUCGUGGAGGGCGCCGGUGAGUACGUGAUCGACAGGUGUAAGCGUGAUGUGCUGACGACUAAUUGACUCCUGCGCAUCCCUGUCACGUGUGUAUAGCAUAUAGUCGUCUUGCUGUAAAAGUUUAUGGCAUACUCCCCUGUUUAAAAUGUACAGGUUAAAUUUGGCUUACUUCAACAAAGAUUAUAUAAUAAAUUUGACUUA